GCAUAACUAAUUUUUUUUUCGAUAUUGAACGUGUGUUUGUUUUUUUUUUCGUAUAGUUUUGAUUUGUGCAAAUUAGCUUUUGUUUAUUGUUUUACGAGGUGGCAACCGGCUUGCUGUUGAUAAGACCUGACUGUGCCCGCCCGCCCGCACAUCAGAUAGUGCCGUGAACAUAAAAGCAAACAAUCUGAUUAAACAUAGAGCUAUCUGUCAAUCUGUUUGUAUGUCGUCUGUCUGUCUAUCUGUCUGAAAUAAACAAAUACAAUAUUAUCAAAAACGUUCCAACAAACCGAACCACAUUAUUCCGCCAGCAAUCGCAAUCAUGUCGUUGGGUUCCGGCAAAAUACUUCCGCGUCGCCAGGCCGUGCCCGUUCUCUACACCCGAGGCACCCACUAUGAGGUCGGCUUCGAUAUGGGUCGCACAUUUGGCUCCAUGAUUAAGAACUUUUUGGUUUUAUCGUCGCCGUUGAACGACAGCUAUUUACCGUUAUAUGGCACGCCCCAAGGCAAGCAAGUGUAUAACGAGACCUUGGAGUCGGUGAAGCGCUCCUUUCCGCAGUAUGUGCGCGAGCUGGAGGGCGUGGCAGAUGGGGCGGAGGUGGAGUUCCAUAAGCUCUUUCUUUUACAUCUGGACGAGAUUUUGCCGCAGGCCUUGAAACAUCAGUCCGGCAGCAAGGAGAAGACGGCUUGCAAGGUGACGAAUUGCAAAAAACAGCCAACCGGCUGUUCAUCAAUCAUUGUCAAUCAUGAGAAUUGUCGUCUGUUGGGCCACACUGAGGACGCACUCACGGAGACCCUCAAUCAUUACUAUUUCGUUGUCGCUCACAUCAUCAGCGACAAGCCGCAGGGGAAAUAUAAUGUUAAGGAGGAGCGCUUCAUGUCCCUCUGCUAUGCGGGCCAUCUGCCCGGCUAUACGAUGAGCUACAAUCAUCAUGGACUCGUCUUCAGCAUCAAUACGAUCAGUGCCGAGCAUUUGGUUAGCGGCAAGACACCACGACAUUUUGUGACGCGGGCAUUGCUCUCGGCUGAAAAUGUGGACGCUGCCUUCCGGGUGCUUAAGGAUUGUGGCGUGGGUGCGGCCGAUGCCUGUUCCAUAAACUUUACACUACUGUCGGAUCCCAAGCAAAUGUUUUACAAUGUGGAAAUGGCGCCCUCGGUCGAGGGGAAAGACGAGUCGCAGCUGAACAUCAAGGAAAUACCCAUCGGUGGUCACAAUUACCACACCAAUCAGUUUGAUCGGAUUGAGGCGGAACAGGCCAAUGCGGAUAUGGUUGAGUCGAGCGUUUCGCGAAUGAAGACGUUCAAUAACCACCACGAGCCGAAGGAUGCGAAGGAUGUGUGUGCCAUGCUGGGGGAUGUGAGCGGCGGAUAUCAUUGCGUUUAUCGGGAGAAUGGCCGUUGCGAUGAGUUGGUGAAGACAAUUUCCAUUGGAAUAUUCGAUUUGAACGCGAAAACGAUCUCGCUCUAUUCGGACAAUCCGCACUUGACGCAGGCACACUGCACAUUACCCUUAAUACUCAAGUAGUUCUUUACAUCAAAUCUAUAGAAAUUGUACUUAAAUUCGAACAAAUUCAAAAUAAAGUUUUAAUUUUGGAAUAAUA